CAACAGCCGCAGCCCGGAAGAAGACAGCCGCCUCCUGCAGCCCGCCUCCAUGUGUGUGCUGACCCAAGGUUGAAGAGACCGCGAAUACUGUUCCUCUUCCCGCAGCCUACAGACAACUCCACCGGCAGGGACCCACACGGACAUGGCGACAUCCAGCCCCUGUGUUGUGAUCAGUGAUGAGGAGCAGGGAUAUGACCUGGACCUUUUCUGCAUACCAAAGCACUAUGCCUCUGACCUGGAGAGGGUCUACAUCCCACAUGGACUCAUCUUGGACAGGACAGAGAGACUGGCCAGAGAAAUCAUGAGGGAAAUGGGGGGCCACCACAUUGUGGCCCUAUGUGUGCUCAAAGGGGGUUACAAGUUCUUUGCCGACCUGCUGGACUACAUCAAGGCCUUGAACAGGAACAGCGACCGCUCUAUCCCAAUGACAGUGGACUUCAUUCGCCUCAAGAGCUACUGUAACGACCAGUCAACAGGUGAAAUCAAAGUAAUUGGGGGAGAUGACCUCUCUACGUUGACAGGCAAGAAUGUCUUGAUUGUGGAGGAUAUUAUCGACACAGGGAAGACAAUGAAGACAUUAUUGCAGCUCCUGAAACAGUACAAUCCCAAAAUGGUUAAAGUAGCAAGUUUGUUGGUGAAGAGAACACCAAGAAGUGUUGGCUACCGGCCGGACUUUGUGGGAUUCGAGGUUCCUGACAAAUUUGUGGUGGGAUACGCACUAGACUACAACGAGUACUUUAGAGAUCUAAAUCAUAUCUGCGUCAUUAGCGAAACAGGGAAGGAGAAGUACAAGGCAUGAAGAGCAGUUCGUAACAAUUUUCAAUGUAUGGUUAUAUAAUUUCCUUUUGAAUUAAUUUUAUAUUUUAUUACUUCACAUUUGUGUCAUAAAUAUAUUCUGCCUGCUCAGGGUCCCUGAGGAUACACUGAUGGAGUGAUAAUCCUGACAGCUGCAUUGCCUGUUUUAGCCACCGCACGCACGCACACACACACACACUCACAUUAGAUUCAACUUUGGAGAAAAAUUGAUUGCCUUAGAUUAGAGCCACGUCUGGGUUAAACAGCAUGGAGCCCAGCUUCACCUCAAAUUAGUAUAAUGCUUCUAUGCCCCCACACUGAUUAAUUAUUUUUUUAAGCAACGGAGUAAUUUAUUCUGAGCAAAUGUUUCAAAUACUUCCACAAUUGUUGUGCUAUGAUAAGAUUUAACAACCUCUUAUUUUAUUAUAUAUUGCUUUUAUUGUAAUUCUACUUUUACCUGAACUAUUAAUGGCUGUUUUAUGGGAACUCCUAAAGAGGAUGUUACAUUUUCUUGAAAUCUGCAUGUAUAUUUUUGGGACAAAACACAUUUCCAUACUGUGCUGUGUGAUGAGGUUUUUCCUUGAGAUGCAUUCUGUAUCUGCUGUCCCUAAUUAAACACAUGGGUAUACUGAAGAUGAAAUAUCCUCUUAUUUAUGAUUAUUUGUCUGAACAAAGAGUCCAUGCAGCUAAUUUCUUCACAUGUUAAAUGAACACUUUUUUUUUUUUAAUGCUGGAAAAUAUGUAUAGUUUACAGAAGUGUAAAUGUUCAAUUGAUAGUCGAACUGUCGAAAAGUCAUUCAAUCAUAUGUUUUGAAAUACUUAAUCUGUAUCUACCUGUCCUUGAAUUAGACAUCAUUAUCCCAUUCAGUUGUGCCAUCCUUGUAAUGCAAUGUCAGCAAUACCAGCAAUUAAAUGUUCACACCCCUCCUGUGACUUGUGCAUCCUGCUACAGAUCUUUAUGUACAAUACAACACCAAAUACUAGGAACAUUUAAAUCAUUUCUGCCCAAUUGAUGGUGAAAAUACUGGUGAAUGCAGAUAAGAAAUUAUUCCCUCAAAUGAGUAUUUGGUGUAAUGUGUCAGACCUCCCGACUUUCAAGAAAUUGGUCUUCAAUGUUGAACCUGUUGUUGUCGUCUGACGUUGAACUCCGAGCUGCCUCUCUGUACAGUAGGUCAGUGAUUACAUGUUGUCUGUUGUGUGUCACCAUUAACUGAGAGGCGGUUACACAAUUAAAGACAUUGCUGAAAAGCCAA